AUGGACCUUAACCGAUCGGAAGUAUCCUCAAAAAAAAGUAGUGCUAGUAUUGUUAAAAUGAAUGCAUCUGAAGCACUUAAAAAAUGCAAUGAUGCAAAUAAUUGGAACGUCGUUAACCGACGAAGAAAACGUAAUAUUGUUGUAGGAAAUAAUACUAUCGAAAUUAUGAAAGGCGAACGUAAACAUGUAAGCCUACAUGUCGACAGAAUUAAUAUCGAUACUACCAUUAAUGAUCUGGAAUCUAUUCUGAUUAAAAAUUUUCCGGAAGUUAAAUGUGAAAAAUUAAAUUCGCUACGUCUUGAAAUUUACUCUUCUUUUAAAGUUACAAUAUUGGAAAUCCCUCAAGGAUCCAGUUUAGGGCCUAUACUCCUUUUAAUUAUUAUUAAUGAUUUGUGUGAUAAUUUAAACUGCAAAGGUUCAACGUUUACUGACGAUUGCAAUUUAUAUUAUUCUAUUUUAAAUUUAGAGUGUGUUGCACUUUAA